AUGAAGGUUCCUACUCGAGUAUCAUUGAAUAGACAUAAUAAUACCGAAGAAAAGAAUGAUUAUGCAAAUUUUAGUCAUACAAGAUUAAUCACUCUACUUCAAAUACCUCAAUUUGAACAUUUACAAAUACUUAUUUGUAAUGGUAACUCAUUAACAACAUUAGCCGGUAUUGAAAAUAUAAAACAUUUGUGGAAACUUGACGUUGGCAACAAUCAAAUUCGAAGUCUACAACAUUUAUCACGUUUUAUAGCACUUGGUUCACUUAUUCUUUCAAAUAAUAAUUUAACAUGGAUCGAAUUUCAACAUAUACGUCAUAUGUUUAUUCUCGAUCUGCGUACUGAUGGAAAUCCUGCUCUUGAUACCGAUCCAAAUUAUCGUCAACAUAUACUCGAUUGUUUACCACGAGUUUGGAUGUGUGAUGGAGUAUUUGUUUCAACUGUGGAACGUAAUCAAGUCGAUGAAUUUUUUACACAAUCAUCAUUAACACAAAAACCUGUUCGACGGAAAUUAGUACGUGAUGCAUUUAUGCCAACAAAUUUAAAAGAUCGAUCUGUUAAUGGAUUAUUCGGAAGCAAAGCAACAGAAUUAUUAGCGAAAUUUCCAAUGAAUUGUUUUGUAAAUCCUGAACUUGAUAGAAAACGAAUAAAGCAUUUAGCUUCUACUAUUCAAGAUUUAUCAUUAACUGAAAUGAAAUAUCAACCUGAAAAAAGACAUCUUGAAUUUCUAACAGAAAAUCGUCAUAAUCUUUAUCGUAUGAUUGAUCUACGAGAAGCCCAUAUUGAAGAAUUUAAUAUGCUCCUUAUAUUACUUGUAACUGAUCUUCUAUUUAAAAUUCCUGACGAACUAUUGGAUAAUGUUAUGGAUGUUACUCAUAUAAAAUCGAUUGGAAAUCUAAAUAUUGCUCAUGUAUUUUCAUCAGAUGACCAAUUGAAACUUAUGAUUGCAUCACUUGUUCAUGCAAGUGCACGAAUUGAUCGUGAUGAAAAUCAUCCAUCAGCAUUCUAUGAUAAACUUUUUAAUAGUCUAUCAGUUGUUCUUACAAAUCAAAUGCGGCAAUUUUCAUCUUCAAAUACAAAUCAAAAUAAUGGAUUAAUUUCUGAAGCAAAAUCAAUCGUUUGUCUUGAAGUAAUGCAAGUAUUUAUUAUGUGCCCACUUUUCUAUACACUUAUUGAUGAUUCAAAUGUAAAUUCUAUUAUGAAACAAGCAUUAGGUCGAUCACCCGCUUACGGAAGUAUUAAAGACGUCCUACAAAGUUUUGUUGCUGAUCAAAAAACAGCUGAAGAACAAAAAGAUUUAUUGAGUCCAAUACUUGGUAAUAUAUUAAAAAUGACAAUACGAACAUUAUCAACUAAACGAAUGAAAAAAACGAAAGAAACAUUCUCUAUAGGAAAUGAACCGAUGAUACCAGACAACGAAAAUUUAAAUCAACGAGUACAAGAAGAACAUAAAUUACCACCAAAACCUGCACAACGUGCAAGUACUCAUCAUGUACCAGAUCUUGAAACUUUAUGUUCUAUCUAUUUUUCAGCUAUUGGUGAUCGUGUAUUAACUGCUCCACAAUGUUUUGGUCGUAUUGUAACGAUACCAGAUACUGAAAUUGCAAUGAUUCAGUUCGACAAUAUUCUUUCAGUAAAUGGUGCAAUGAUCAGUAAUGGUUCAUUUAUUGAUCAUACGAAUUAUAUUCAUAUGAGUGAUUUCGAAUGGGAUCUAUCACAUGAAUAUUGGAAACCAAAAUAUGCAUCUGGUGAUAAAAUUACAUUACAAAUGACAGCACAUCGAAAUGAAACACCGCGUGUAGUACCUUCUCCAGAACCACCACCACCACGACUACCAUCACCAUCAAAAAGAAUGCAACUAAGAACACCUGAAUCAGUAGAAAAAGAAUGUGUUACACCAAAACUUUUCGAAAUAAAUCUUCACAAACCAAAAGAAAUAUUUAUUCUUCCAUCACGCGACAUAAGUCCUCAACCAUCGCCAUUACCACCUCGUAAUGAUCAUAUGGAUACAAAUAAUAGUUCUCGGCGAACAUCAAAAUCUCCUUCCCCAACUCCUUCAAUACAUGAACGUUUAUCAGUUACACCUGAAAAAGUUCGACUUGAACGUCCAAUGUCUGUUCGUAUUAUAAAACAAAAACAAGAACAACAAAUGAAAUCUUCUACUAAUGGUGAAACAAUCUCUACAGCACCUGUUCUUAUUGAAUCAACACUUUUCUUCAUGCCUGAUCAAUGUCAAACACCAAUUGUAUCCUAUGAACAAAUGCAUCAACCAUCAAAUCUUUCAACAACUAUGAAUGAUUCUGAACCACAACCACCACCACCUCGUUUUAUUUCAGCAUUUGAACAUUCUUCAAUUCUUCGAUCUUCAUCUUCGGCUCAUCAUCGAACAUCAAUACAACGUGUUCCUGUACCCGUACAUAAUGUUUCACAAUGGUUUAAUGGACCUGAUAUGAAAAAUGAACGAUCAGGUCGAAAUGAAAAAGUUGUUGCUUCACUUGUACAUCGAUCCUAUCGACCAUUAUCAUCAUAUAGUAUGCCACGUGUACCAACAUUAACAUCACCAUCAUCAAGAGAUCAUGCUCAAUAUAAAGGAACUCGUCCAGGAACUUCCUAUGAUUUCUCUGUAGAAAGUCAUCGAAUGACAACAACUCCAUUUAUUAAUGCACGUCAAAGUCAAUCAGCUAAAAAACGAAGUACUCCAUCAAUGCAUUCACAUGAAACGAAUCGUACAACUCAUAUUAAUCCGCCUAUAAAUCGUGUUAAAUCAUUGCUCAAUCCACCAUGUCCAUCACCUGCUUGGAUGUGA